AUGUCCAUUGCAAUCUGGCCUCCCGUCUCGCCAGCCGAGCUCAGACUUAAAGCCUCCGAAACCCAGGCGCGCGAACUCGAUUGGAUCGUCGGCGAAACACUCGAGGUCUGUCGCGAUCUUAAACAUGGCCUUGAGGACUGCUAUGCGCUCCUCGCGCCUAUCGAUCCGGGCAGUACACUCGUCAUGAGUACGCCGCGCAACGAAAAAGUAAAGGGCACACUCACCCGUGUCGGUACUCGUAUUGUUAAAGGCACCUUCUCCCUAUCGCAGUCUAACGCUAUCCAUAUCCAAGGCCUCGAUGCUCUACACGGCUACCUAAACCAGUCCAUCGAUCUCCUCGCUAUUAUCUUAUCCAAACCACAAGACGCUAGUUCACUCGCCUCUACUCUCAGCAUUCUUGCUGAUUCUCUCUCCGAUUCAUCAGCUAUUCUCAAAGGACCUCCUUUGACAGACUCCGAUCCCGCUUGGCAGAUGUGCUCAUGUCCACCAGAUCAGUUUGUGCCAUCAAUUGGGCCCAACCUCAGCUUUUAUCUCGGUCUUCAAGAAAGCUGCAUAAUUCUGUGGCUACGUGCUCUAGAACCUGUUCAUGCGCAUGUUCAUUUUGGCACCAAGCUCGGUCUAGCCUUUGGAACUGUACGUCGGCUGGAGCAUGACGAGAUGGACACCGUUUUCCGGUAUAACACACAGGGGUCCAACAUUGGCGGCUCGAAGCGGGGCAGUGCCCGCCAUACCCCGGAGCCAGGAUCGUCCGCUGCAGAUGUGGAUAGUGAUGAUAUUCAGGAAGUGUAUGUCCGGGAAAAGGUACGCGUCGAAAGCGCAGAUCCGAGUCUCAUAUCCAUUCAGUCCAAGCUUAGCUACCUCAGUCACAUGCUUGGCCAAGCGCGAAGGAACAUUGCUGAGGUCCUGAGUGUUGACUCUUAG